CCUCUAGGGGUUCUCCGGAUGGACGUUGGGAAAGACCAGGAAGAACAGAGUAAUCCUGCCCAGCUGUGGCCUGCGUCUGGCCUCUCUCAGAGGACUGAAUCGGACCCCCUCCCUGUGUUCUCACACCUCCCGGAGCUGAGGUUCUGGGCUUCGCUUUCGCUAGAACGGAAAGUGGGCAGCCCAGGCUACAGUACAGGGAAAGGGGUCAGCGGAUUGGCCUCCACCCACUUUCCUCCGCCUUCCCCGCCUAUAAUUUUGUUGCUUGGGGCCCUCAGCCGACCUGGCUUUGGGGCUUCCGGGUGUUCCCACGCUCUGCCCGGCGGCACUAGGGCGCACGUGCACCCCAGCAGGCUGAUGUACAGGCCGCCGCCACGCAUGCAAACCCGUGCCUGCAAGUAUGUGCGUGGCCCACAUCUGCACACACGCCCCUCCAGAACUGCGUUCUUGCCUCGCUCGGGCCCCGGCACACGUGUGCACGCAGGCAGGCCCUCGCAACGAGCCCCCACCGACCGACACCCAAAGACUGGCGGGAGACUCGGAGCAGGGGGCAGCCUGGCCGCAGAAUCCGGGCAGCCACCGCCUCGGGGCGAUCCCGCCGGCCUGGGCUGCGUCCAGAGGGACCGUUCGCCUUGCCUAACCCUACGGCGUGCAAACCUGUGUGACCCUCUUGUGUGAAACUGCCCUACCUGGACUAUUGGAGGCCGUCCUCUGGCCGGAGCCUUGAUUGAUG